CGUCUAUGGCUGGAGCCUAAAAAACACAGUGCUGAAUAAUCCGCGGGAGCUGUUAGACCCUACGAUGUACCCGGUGUUAUUCGGGUAGUUUUAGUCGUUAGCCCGGUCCAACGUUAGCCCGGUAUCGGUAUCGGUAUCGGUAGUUCGGUUCGUUUUCUCCUGCGCUGCUCUGUAAACAUGGAGCAGACGGCCAGCGUCAACGCAGAGCCCGUUCACCGUCCGGACAUUGAUGUUGUAGGUACUUGCACAAAAUGGCGCAACUGGAGUGGAUUUUGGCUCCUUGGAUUGUGCAACAACUUUGCAUAUGUGGUAAUGCUUAGCGCCGCCCAUGACAUCCUCAAAAAACAAGAGUCCCAAAACGGCACGGCAUCUACUUCACCCACAUUGGCCGUGGAAUUCCAAGGUGGGAACAGUAGCAACAGUAGCCGCUAUGACUGCAAUCCUGUCUCCACUGCGGCUGUGCUGUUAGCUGACAUCCUCCCAACGCUCGUAAUCAAGUUGUCUGCUCCCUUUGUGAUCCACAAACUGCCUUAUGGUAUUCGAGUGUUGUUCUGUGCCAUCAUGGCAGCAACGAGUUUCCUCCUGGUGUCCUUCUCCUCAGCCGUGUGGAUGAGCAUUCUAGGUGUGAUCUUUGCCAGUAUCGGAGCUGGACUGGGAGAACUGACCUUCCUCUCCCUCACUGUCUACUUCAGCAGGGAUGUACUCGGAGGUUGGAGCUCAGGCACUGGCGGCGCCGGUGUGGGCGGAGCCUUCCUCUACUCGGGCCUCACCCAGUUCGGCCUGUCGCCCCAGGUUACGCUUCUCACCAUGCUGGUGGUCCCGUUGACGUUGUUGCUAAGCUAUUUCUUCCUGCUGGUUGUUCCACCUUCGUUGCCUCAGUGGAGAGUCAGGGCGACGGAGUACACUGCCGUGGGCUCAGAGGACAGACGGGCUCUGAUGGAUGAAUCGGAGGAGGAGGAGCAGGAGAAGUCAACCCCAGCAGAGGACAGGACCGUCGGACCUCUCACCCUCACAGAGAAACUUCAUGUCAUCAAAGGCCUGCUGAGGUUCGUGUUCCCUCUUGGACUGGUCUACUUCGCUGAGUACUUCAUCAACCAGGGCCUGAUGGAGCUCAUGUAUUUCCCCAAAUUCUUCCUGUCCCAUGCAGAGCAGUAUCGCUGGUACCAGACGCUGUACCAAGUGGGUGUGUUGGUGUCUCGAUCGUCCCUGUGCUGUGUGAAGAUCAGGAAACUGUGGGCUGUCUCUUUGCUUCAGGUGGUGAACGCAGUGCUGCUCCUGUUCGCAGUGCGUUACCAGUUCCUGCCCAGUGCCUGGAUGGUGUUCCCUAUCGUCUUCUAUGAGGGCCUGCUGGGUGGAGCGGCGUACGUCAACACCUUCUACUUCAUCAGCAAGGAGACCGGAGACAGACACAGGGAGUUCGCCAUGGCCGCCGCCAGCGUGGGAGACAGUCUGGGCAUAGCUGUGGCCGGACUCACCGCUUUCCCCGUCCACAGAUACUUCUGCUCCCUAUGACCCCAGCCCACACACCGACCAGCAGGGUGAUAAGGCAGACGUGGGUGCGUUCUAUUUGAAGGUUGUUGGUUUUUAUUAUUUAAAAUAAGUUGAGACAAUCUCACAAAUAGAGACUUUACUCCUACAUAUAAAUAUCGACUGCACAUAUUGUAUUAAUUCCCAAUCACCACCAGUGAGUCACGUAUAGAGAGGGGGACUCGCUUACCAACUGAUCCUUUUCACCUAUUAUUCCAUGACUAAAUAAUGUGUUUGGAGUUUGCUCGUUUGCACAAACUGCACUAAGAGUCUGUUGCCUGCACAGAAAAAAUUGACUAUGCAGAAAAUAUCCAAAUCUGGUUUCUCAGACCAACCAAUACUAGCUGAGCAUUAACCUGGAAAUGUCCGGUCUACCUCCAAAUGAUGAGCAACCAAGCGUUUAUUUAAUAAUCAGAAUAUUUGCUAAAAAAAAUUUAAAACACUGUUUCUGAAUGACGGGACAGAGAGAAGCAUCUAUUUAAAAAUUACACCGAACGUAUCUUUAUCAUAUAGUUUGAAGAGAAUACUUAAUAUAUUCCUUUAAGAUAAGUCAUUUUGCUAAGCUCAUUUAUUAUUACUAAAAUAAUAUUAAGUGUUUACAUCUAACUUCCUUUAUACAAUAUGACCUAGAGCAAAUUUACAACACUUAAAAAUUGUGAUGAUAAUGAGACAUUUAAUAUUUAGUCUUUGUGAUGCCAUCAUUACAUUUUGAUGUUGGCACACAACAAAGAGUACUGAAAGUUGCAACACCAUGACAUUCAUUUUUGGCUCAACACAGUUGACGUCAUGGUAACAGAGUUUCCUCUCUGAAACGAGGAGAUCCAGAGGUUAGAAGAUGAAAUAGUUGUAUUGUGCAUUGCGUAUUGAAUCGGGUUAUAUUUCUGACUGACAUGCGUUGUUUAUUUUUGUUUUGCUUCUCAGUCACUGGUACUGUUAAAACGGGUCUUCACUUUUUUAUAACGGCUUAUGGAAGAUAACAAAGAUCUUUUGUGUGGAUUAGCAUUUUAUAUUUUCUAAACUGUAACAAUGUGGAAAACAGGACAAUAUCUAGAGCUGCAUAAUAUUUUCAAUGUAUAUGAAGUCAGUGAAAAGGUGUCGUAACAAACGACCAUAGAGACAUUUUUCAGGGUAUGCCCGUCAACAUUUUUUUGUUUUUGCGAUUAAAUUUCUAUUUUUCAAUUCUGGUGGGGUAUAACGGCAUAUCAUCAGCAUUUACAUCAAUCUGUAACAGUGAAAAUGGAUCAUAAGCACACAAGAAAUGGUAUUGUUCAUCCACGUCUAUUAUUACAUUCAUCCACUGCCCAACAAAGGAAUCUUAUUUCCCCUCGAGCCUUUAGAAUGUCCCCUCCUCCCUUCCUCCAGCCCAGAUGGCUCAUGGGUAAGACAACCCAACACACACAAACCCAAAAAAAGCUGAACAAUUUAAUAAUUGAAAUAUAAUUAUGUGUACAAAAAGGAAAAUAAAAGUAGAAGAAAAUAAAUACAUAAAUAAAAAGAAUCUUGAAUUACAAUAUAUUAUAAAAAUCUUCGGAUACAUUGUUUCGGAAUGAAAGCGUCAUAUUUACCCAAACAGUUUUCCCUUUAAUCGACUGAUGCCCGUUCUUUAAGUCAACAUUCCAGACCUUGAUCAAUGUUGACUUAAAAAACACCCACUGACGGACAUGUAGGUUCUUGAAACUUCUUGUACUUAUUAGAUACAGAGCCCUGCCAUUUGGGUUUGUAUAACUGAGGAGUGGAUGUAUGGGAAGAGCUUUUUUUCUUCCCCCAACAGAACUCCAUGAGCUUGUCUACACUGUUAACACCACCAGAACAUUUUGUUGUCCACUCUUUUGCUCAUGUUUUUCUCACGUACGACUGUUUUGCUCCAAAACUCAGUUUUUCUGGUUUCUGAAAGUUAACUAUGUUUAAAAUAUGGAAGUAUUUUAUUAUAAUGAUGUACUUUGCCCAUGUACACAGCUUGUUUUCACAUAAACAUGUGCACAUUCCUACUGAAAUGUUAUCUACCUACCUACAUUUCGUAUUAUGCUGCUACUGUUGAACUUACUUACAACUGACUGAUUAAGUUUUUAAGCCUGUGCUUGUUUGAUACAUUCUUUUGUUGAAAUUUUUAAGUGGCGUAUCAAGGCUUAAAAAUUGGAUAGAGAAUGGUUAAUUAUCAUGUAUAAUACAAAAUGUUAAUAAAUUUGCAAAUGCA